AUGUCUCUCCUUUUUCUCUCACUCUCUAUCUCAUGUCAUUUUUGCCGUCUAUUCUCCGUUGCAUUUUUUUCACGUCGAUUUUCUUUCGUUGCACCGCCCAUUUUCCCGGCCAUCUUCUCGGAUGCUUUGACGUCCGGUGCAUCUUUCUUAUUUUGGUUCAUCUCAAAUUCAUUGCUUUCUUUACUUUCUUUUGUUUUUUUCUUUAUUCAUCUGCUACUUCACUUUAACCCCACUCUAAUUCUCCUCCUCCUCAUUCUCCUACAUUUUCCCUCCUCCCUCUGUUUCUUUAUCUUCUACCUCACUCUUCACCUUCUCUAUUCUUCUUCAACCCCUUCCCUUCUCCUCAUCAUUCUUCCUUCGUCGUCGUCUUCUUCUGUUCUUUCUCUCCUCAUCCCUAUUCAUAUUAUUUUUCGUCUAGUUUACAUUUCACUAUCCUUUCCCUCUUUGACCUCUCAUCCUUCUUACAAAUGUAAUUCUCUCCUCCUUUCUACUUAUCUUACCCCUUCACUCCGCUUCCUCUUCAUUCUUUUCUCCUACCAGUUCCCUCCCUCUCGUCCUUCUUCUUCUUCUUCUUCUUCUUCUUCUUCUUCUUCUUCUUCUUCUCCUCCUCCUCCUCCUUCCUUCUUCUUCUUCUUCUUCUUCUUCUUCUUCUUCUUCUUCUUCUUCUUCACACGUUGCUUAAUCAAAUAG